AUCAAUGACAGAGAAACAAAGGCGACGGCGUCAGCGACGACAGGAAUAAAAAGCACUCUUCCAGGAUAGGCGGCGCUGCGCAUGAACUAUUUAACAAUUUUGCUGUGCAAUCGUAAGCCGACGAUGCUCUCGCGCCGGAGCAAAGAGAAAUCACACAAGGAGGGCGUGGUGGGGAAAUACGUUAAAAAGGAUACGCCACCUGAGAUACCGGUGAUCAAUGUGUGGACUACGACGGAUCAGAGGGUGGCAGCCAAAAAGAAAACGUUACAACGUUGUGCCAGCACUUCGCCAAGUUGCGAGUUUAAGCCGCGGAGCUCUAGCACCAGCCGGAAUACAUAUUCCUGCAAUGAUACUCAGCCGGACUAUUAUCAUGCACGUCGUGCUCAAAGCCAACUGCCCCUAAAUCCGCACUCGCAUUCACAACCACAUACUCUGCCUCCUCCGGGACCACCGUCACAGCAGUUCCGCCAGAGUAUCAGUGGCAGCAGAAGCAAUAGCAGCAAUUAUGUGAAUAUCGAGCAGAUCGAGAUCGAGCGAAUGAGGCGACAGCAGUCUUCGCCACUAUUGCAUAUCGCCACAACGCCAAAGAUGGGCUUCCAGCGAAGCUAUUCAACGACACAGAAAUCCCUCCACGGCCCACAUCAUCCGCAUAUGGCAGCAGCCAGCUAUGAUGCUGAUCAGACUCUUUUGAGUGCCUCCUAUGCCAAUAUGCAGCUACUUCCGCGACACACUCCGACGCAUUUUGCCCUCCAGCAACAGCAGCAGCCCCAGUUUGGUUCAACUCUUCGUCAACCGCGUUACCAGCAGAGCAGAUCUCCAAUGCAACAGCAACAGCAGCUGGCUCACUUGGGUGGUAGUUACUCCAGUGAUUCAUAUCCCAUAUAUGAGAAUCCCUAUCGGGUUGCGUCCAUGCGUGUGACACCAACCCAGCGCUCGGAAUCGCCUAUUUAUAGUAACACGACUUCAGCAUCAUCGACCACACUGGCGCCACCUCAACAUCAUCAUCAGCAGCAACAACAGCAUCACCAUCACCUGACUUUGCCGUCUGGUGCCGGCGACUCGCAGAGCAUCAGUGGCCGUGGUGGCAGUUCUACCUCAGUGCAAUCUUUGUAUGCCCCACCGCCGCCUCCUACGCCACCAGCUUCCACCGCAAUUGGCACUCCAACUGGAUCCGGAAGCGUUAAUGGAUCGCUGCAGAAGGUGCCAUCGCAGCAGUCGCUUACAGACGUCGAGGAAGAACUUCCACUGCCUCCUGGUUGGGCCACCCAGUACACGCUGCAUGGCCGAAAGUAUUACAUCGAUCACAAUGCUCACACCACGCAUUGGAAUCAUCCAUUGGAACGGGAGGGUCUGCCGGUGGGUUGGCGUCGGGUGGUUUCCAAGUUGCACGGCACAUACUAUGAGAAUCAGUACACCGGCCAGUGCCAGCGUCAGCAUCCUUGCCUCACAUCCUACUACUAUACGACAUCAGCUGAGCCACCCAAAGCCAUCAGACCGGAGCCAUCUCUCUAUGAUGCACCACCACCUGCUCAUACUCACAGUGCCUUAGUCCCGGCGAAUCCGUACUUGCUCGAAGAGAUUCCCAAGUGGCUUGCCGUCUACUCCGAGGCGGAUUCGUCUAAGGAUCAUCUGCUGCAAUUCAAUAUGUUCAGUCUGCCCGAGCUGGAGGGUUUCGAUAGCAUGCUGGUGCGUCUCUUCAAGCAAGAGCUCGGCACGAUUGUGGGUUUCUACGAACGUUAUCGUCGCGCUUUAAUACUCGAGAAGAAUCGACGCGCCGCAACCCAGAACCAACCGACUUGUGGAUCCCAACAACAAUUGCAGUAGGAGUAAUGUGUAUACUGUUCCCUACGACAAUUGAACGCAUACUCGCCAACAUCUUUUGACGUGUUCGUUUUGCUCCUAUUCAUGGCAUUGUGCAACAUAUUCUUCUUAACGAAUGGAUCUAUCGACAAGACAAGACUCCCAUGAGUUGUUCCUUCGAUUUGUUCAAGUUAAUCGUACUUUUGCGUCGCGCAAAUGAUAUGUCGGAGAUACUCAUGAAAAAUUCAGCAAAACAAACUCCUUGGGGUCCAUCUAUACAGAUUUUUUUUUUACCCAUUCACAGUUUAUUCAACUUUCGAAUAUAUUCAUAUACCUUAAAAAAGACUACGCCAUAGAGCCCAGCAUCCAUGUGAGAUUAAACAAACAUAGAUUUCAUUUUUAAAAACGUAUAUAUGUCUUACGUUUGUGCAGUUUGAAUAAAAGAGGAAAACUAAGAGUUA